GCCUGUUUGAUGGUCGAUGCAAACACAGCAGCAACAACAUCACGAUACCAUAGAACUGGUGGGCUCUUGGCUCGACACAGCUGCCGACAAGGCGCCCUCCACGAUUGCCAUGGAAAUUAGUAGUCCGAUCAAGUCGCUCGUUGUUGCACCAUGUCACAACCUUACAAAGCAGCCGCUUCCGUUGGAGCCACCUCCUACUACCCCCGCUUCAAUCCAACACAACUCUACGGUUGCCGACCUUCAGCGACCUUCCAUGGUGGCCACGAUAUUGAGCCCAGCCGUCGGAUCCGCCAUGACCAACGAUGGCCACGUGAGUGGACCUGAACACUCGAUGCUCAGUCGAGCCAGUGCUAGUAUCACUAGCGCUUCCAAUAUACUCCAAGGACAACCACCAUUAGGUAGGUCGAACAAUAGCAGCGGUUCCAGCCGGCACACGCUUCGGAAUCAAAGCAGCCAUCACAGCAGCGCCGCGUUGCAGUGGACGGAAGGGUUCAUGCGUCAAAGCACUCGAAACGUUCGUGAACGAAAGAACCAAGUGGUAGAGCCGGUGGUCGACGGGGGGGACUCGCCUUCAGGCACCCCUUCCGUUGAUGGAUUAGGCGGAUUGACCCUCCCCCAGCAGAGUUCAAAGGUACCCGAGGGUUCUACGCGUCGCACGCUAUCGCACGUGUGGCCGACGCCUGAUGAGCACACACCACCAGACGACCACGGAGCUUCCAUGGUUCAUCGAGCAAGCAUGAGUUUGAAGAAUAUAGCAGGAGGGUUGGCACCCCGUCAACCAAGCGGCGCGAGUGGCACCAGCGAGGUCAGCUCCAACUUCGGCAUGUCGUCUCGACGUCUCACGCACGUGACCUCGGACGGCACGGAGAUGCAACCCGACGACGCACUAAGUUCCCGUAACGCCCCUCAAACCCGUGGGUCCGUCAUCGUUCGGGCGCGGUCGUCCAUCAUGACUCAAAUCAACACGAUCGCAGCCACGCCGAGGGUGGUACCGUUCGCCCCCGAAGUGAUGAAUGCGCCAGGGCCUGCGAAACCUUCCAGCAGGCGAAAGUCGUCUGGCACAAACAAGCGCCCCCGCAAGCAUUCGCGAUUUCAAGCCAUCGGCACUAAGCUUCUCAUGCACAUGACCACGGCGCACGUGAUCGACCAUCGUCGCAUCUCCGCCUCGUCGUCCAUCGAGCGCCAUCGCCAAGUGUUGGAACAGUAUCACAUUCGAUCCCGGAAUGAAGUAACAACCGAAGCCCAAGUGUCCAUCCCGAAGUAUCUCGUGUCGCCAAACUCAAAACUGUACAAAGUGUGGCAACUCUGGCUCGUGGCCAUCAUCUACUACCAAGUGGUCGCGGUGCCGUAUUCGCUCGUGUUUGGUCCGGCCGACAACAACCCUACCCACGACGAGUUUGGCUUGGUCACGUCGGCCAUGUUUGCACUGGACAUUGUCCUCAACUUUAUGACCGCCCUCACCGACGACGACAAUGGCGGGAUCAUCACGAACCACAAAGUCAUUGCGCUUAACUAUCUUCAAGGGUGGUUCUUGAUUGAUGCGCUGUCUGCCAUUCCCAUUGACGCCAUCGUAUACUACCUAUCGACUGACCACAGCGGCACGUUUAAGUUUAUCGGUGUGCUCAAGACGUCGCGGCUACCACGCCUCGCGAGGGUGCUAAGCUUGGCGCGGAUUUUGCAGUUCCUUCGCCUUCCGCACGAGUGGAAACACUGGCUGCUGUACUCUCGCUACGCCCACUUGAUCCGCCUCUGCACGACCAUCACAGCGUUCGCGUACAUCAUUCACGUCAUGGCGUGUGUGUGGUAUGGGGCGGUGGCGUCGCCGCAGUGGCUCGCGUGGAUUGAGACCAACUACAAGGACAAAGCGGCGACGAAUCCGUACGUGUUGAGUUACUUUUCAAUGCUCACAACCACUAUGGGCCAAAGCAACAACUUGUACACCAACACUGAGUACGCGUUCUCGUGUUGCUGCAUGAUCCAGGGCUGCCUGCUCAUGGCAGUGGUGUUUGGGGACGUCGGCGACUUGAUCUCGAACUAUUACGAAGACCAAAACAACUACCAUCAUAAGAUGGAGUCGCUUCUCGCGAGUAUGGCGUUGAUGCACAUUCCGUCCGACUUGCAAACUCGGAUCAGCGACUACUAUGAAACCAUGUACGACCGAUACGGGACGUUGAACGGCGACACGGUGUUGUUCACGAAGGAACUGUCCAAGAACCUGAGCAAUGAGGUCGAGCUGUACCUUCGCAUGGGCAUGAUCACACGGUGCCCCAUGUUUCGGCUCUGCAGCCCCGAGUUUGUGCAGGAGCUGGUCAUGCAACUCCAGUUUAACGUGUUUUUGGCCGACGACUUUGUGGUGGGCCGAGGCGAAAUCGGGUACGAAAUGUACUUCAUCCAGUCCGGGUCGUGCGACGUGAUGCAGAGCUCGGUCAAGUACGACGACCAUGCGCGCAAGAAGAACAAGCCGAUCCACGAGGCCACGGGCACGCUGGUGCGCACGCUGCUGGAGGGCGACUUUUUCGGCGAGAUUGCCCUGUUGAUGAACUGCAAACAAAGCGUGACGCUCAAGGCCACGACGUUCACCGAAGUGUGCGUGCUCACACGCGAUGUGUUUCAUGCCAUCACGGCUAAGUACGUCGACGACCACGCAGUGAUCGAGUCCUUCAUUCGCGAAAAGUACGACCCCCAAGUGCUCAAUGCGGCCAUGGAAAUGCAAAUCGACCCGAUUCAAGCCAAGCGCAAGGCCAUCGUUGGUUGUCUCAACGACCUCACCGAGCGGCUCGAGUAUUUGGAGGCCCGUCUCAUUCGCUUGGAAACCCCCGACCACAAUGCAUUUUUUGGUCAUGACAGUCAUCACGAUGGUCGAGGAGACGGUAGCGAGAAGUCUGCGUCCCACGAUUUGCGAUGACAAUAUAGAAAGAGAGUAGUAGGAAGCAACAAUCGAUGUACAGUAGUUGGCACGUUGUGUGUUUCGAAUUGUUGCUAGCGCGAUGUGGGUGGUAUCGCCGUGACGUACGCGUGCGCGGCUUGUUCGCCCCAUACGACAAAUUGAUCCAGCAUGUCGUCGGGGGGCGGCAGCAAAACCCACCGCGUGAGUUGGGCCAUGGAGAUGGGAAAUCCGCGAAUCCACCGGGGGCUGAUGGUCGUGGCCUUGUCGACCCAGGGCACCGGAAACACAUUCACGGGGAUGUGGUCGGGGACGUCAGGCACGAAGCGAAGGAGGCCCCCGUCCGUGUGCCAUGUGCCGGCAAGACGACGCGCGGGGGUGCCGUCGAAGUACCACGGUACAUGGCACGAUGUCAGGAGGACGUUGGCUAGCUCCCCCUUGGUUACAAAGCCCGACCAGUGGACUGUGCGCAGCCGCGGGAACACUUCGGUAGUGGCCACCACUAGUCGCGGCGGCGAGCCGGAGAGUUUAGGAGACAUACAUGGAAGGGGAUCAGGGAACAACGCGUCAAUGUGGCGGUGAACGUAGCCUGAUAGGCUUCGUGUGGCCAGCAUGCUGCCGCGCUUGGAGGCACGAAUGUCGUCGUGCAAUGCUGCGGCCGUGGUUUUGGUUUCGGCCAGCACACGGGACAUUGGCACGUCGUAUGCCAAGGACGCAGCCACUAGCGACCCCCCCGAGGCACCAACGAAGGAACUGGAUGCGGUGAGCAAGCCACGACGACGCAUGUACUUGGCUACGCCAAUAUGGAACGCCAGGAGAAAGCCACAUCCACCAAAACUCAAGUGGACGGCAGGCGGCGGCAUGGGCACUUUCAGCCAGCACGACGAGUUCCGGGAAGCAAAAUAAUCUGAAUCUAUGGAAUGGAUUAUCGCAUUUCUGACAUGUCGUUGCAACCGACCUUGGAGAGAGCGAUUACCGGUAGGAAUAUUGAGCUGGUUGUGGGGGGUAAUGGAAUGUCGACGCGAGAAGUUGACAGAAACGAGGUGGUGGCCUGUGACAACGACUACGGUGACAGGGGGAAGGAUGCG